UAUCGGUGUAUUUUAAGUUGGCAGUCAUUGAUAUUAUCGUCAUCGUACACGAUUUCACAAUCAUCGGUAUAGUUUUCUUCUCAACAAAUGAAGUUGCAUAUUUAAAGCUGGUUAUUUUACAUAUAUGUAUACUGAACUAGAAAGAGAGAGAAAUUUGAACAUUGUUCAGUGAGUUGCAGAAUUUGAACAGAAGAACAUUCACGAAAAUACUCGCAGGUAUACAUAUCAAGAAAAACCAGCAGGUAUAGGCAGUUUUCAGUUGCAAGAACCCAACUGCGCAGUAUAUAAACUUCAGAAGGAGCUGGGAUACGCACAUAAUUUGAAAGUAAUUCGAUCCGUCAGGAAGUGUUUCUUACAACAGCAAAUCAGCGUUCAUAUUUUCAAUAUAAAUUCUACAAACGUUUACCAAAAAAAAGACCAAGGAAAAUAUUGUGCUAUUAAAGAAUCCUUAACAUAAAAAAGCCGUACCAAAUAAUAAAAAAAUGGAACGUUUUUCUAAUUUAUUGAAAGUCACCUACGAUGACGGAACUAAUAAACUAAAUAUAUAUAUCCAGAAUCCAUCUACAGAUUAUAAUGAGUUAAAAGAAACCAUUGCAAAACAACUGUUUGAGGAGCGCCACUUAACAAGGUUUCAAUUUAGUACUGCGUGGUUUGAUGAAGAUGGCGAUGAAAUUGACAUUUGCAACCAAGAGGAUUAUGAUUUGUUCCUUUUCAAACGAAUGGAUAGAUUACAACUGUACAUCACACCAUUGGAGCAGUGGAAGGAAACGUUCAAUGUUCAGGACAAAUGCGAUGCUCAAGCCCAACCCGCAGCCGAAGCCGAAGCCGAAGCCGAUGACGAUGACGAUCCGACCUUCUCUGUAUUACACGCUCGCGUAGAAUGUGAUGCCUGUGGUUCGUCCCCAAUUUUUGGUUUCCGCUACAAGUGUAUUCAGUGCCCGAAUUACGAUUUAUGCCAAAACUGUGAAGCCAAACACAUGCACCCGGAACAUAUGAUGGUACGAAUGCCAAAAGAGAACUCGCCAAGUGUAAUUGAAGCUUGGAUAAGUAAUCCAUGUGGACGGGGCAACAGCCGCCGUGCAAAGCGUGAACGUAAGAGUUCAACUGCAGGUGGAUGUCCAAUUUUUGAUAUUGGAGCAGCUGCAACUGCUACAGCAAAUGACAACUGUACUAAUGCUGAGGCAGAACCUAAGAAACAUCAUCAUCACGAACGCAAACAUCACCGCCGUCAAAUGCGCAAUGGCUUUUUGUCCAACAUGUAUGAAAUGAUGUCCGAUCUCGCCGAAGGUGGUGCUACUUAUAGGCAAAUGGAUGAAAGUGAUCCCAUUACCCCAACAGCUCCUACUCCACCAAGGGAGAAAGACACAACAAAGGCAAAGGAAGCUGAUGCUGCAAACGAAGCGGCUAAAGCCGCCGGUGAGGCAGCUGCUGCUUGUGAAACAGCCGCUAAAAUAGCAGCUGAAGUAGCAAACACAGUAAACAAGCAGGCUGCAGAAAUAACAGCAACCGUUGAAGAGCAAAUUGCAGCAAACUUUUUGAAAUCAACGUUCAACACAGGAGCUGGAGCUCCUGCUAAAGAUAACGCAGAUGUAGGAACAGCUGGGGAAAGGCCAACUUUUAAUAUGGCACCUACUGGAACUUCAACGCCUACAUCUCAAACUGAUUCAAGCAACACUAACAACAAAUCAAACGACAACACUUCGGUUCCGGUUACACCGACUCUAGAAGAUUUCGCUCAAUUCAUUGAUCCGAAAUUUAUGAAAGCAGGAAUACAGUUGCUUAAUAAUUUCAGUGGUAUGUUCGCAAAAAUGCUUGAUCCAAUGGAUGGAGCUGAUGACAACAGUUAUGCAUCUGCAUAUUCUGGUGCAGGCUAUCAGGCACGCAAAACCUCUUCAGCUUCAGCUAAAAGUUCAAUGGGCUCAACAGCUUCCACAAGCACUCAAAUGAGCGCAAAUGGUAAGCAGUCUGCCGAAGCAGAAAAAUCAAAUAAAAACGAAGCAGCCAAAAAUACUGAGAAAACUGUUGAACCAACUAAUCCUGAUACGACAACAAAGAUCACUGAAAAGGCACGUGCUCCAAGGCGUGAACGUUCAGAAAGCGAGGAAAAUGACUGGCAAAUGAUUGACAACCAAACUGCCGAGUCCACAACAAAUUUAGUCAAUAUUUCUGUUGCUAGCUCGACAGAAACUAUUGAGAAAAUUGAUUUACCUGGUGCAGUAGGUAUAACACCGACAACGCCUGCAUCAACACCAAUUGUACAAAGUGCAAAACCAAAUGCCGACAUAAAUUUUGAACAACUCAGCAUGGACUUGAAGAAACAUGUUGUAAGGGAAAUGGAGCGUAACAAAAUCGACAGAAACAUUAAAAUUUCUGAUGUCUUAAAUGGGCAGACUAACAGCAAUACCAUGCCAUCUGUUAACACUGGCGCUACACCAAAAACCCAGAAUAUAGCUGUGCUCGUUUAUCACAAAGAUCCUACUAUCAAUAAUGCUAUACAUGCUAUGGUAGCUAUGGGCUUUAGCAAUGAAGGCGGCUGGUUAACACAGUUACUGCAGUCGGUCAAUGGCAAUAUUUCGGCCGCAUUGGAUUUGAUGCCACCGGCACAGAGCCAAGGCAACAAUUGAGAUGUCUAUAAUAGCAGCACAGUCUGUCGCUCUUUUAGUAGUAGUAGUAUAGUAGUAUAAUUUUUCUCUCUAUAAUGCGUAAUUCAACGUUCUGAACAAAAAUCAUCAUAAUUUCACUAUAAUUUCGUAUGCACUCGUUUCUUUGCUGAAACGUUAUGUACGCAUAAGUGUUCUCUUUCAUGAGCAGGAUUUUU